AUGGAUAUAGUGUUAUAUUUGACAAACAUUCAGUUAAUUACUAAAAAAAUUGGAGCAAAUGCUAAUGGCGGUUACAGAAUGGGAAAUUCCGGCUGUGAUUUGAAGAAUAAAGGAUUCCAAAUUAAUUCUGCAUGUCACAAUGAUGACCGGCCUGGAGUGCGGCCACCGGUUCUGCACGCAAUGCUGGGCCGAAUACCUGACGACGAAGAUAUGGAGGAGGGGCUGGGCCAGACGAUCGCCUGCGCCGCCCACGCCUGCGACAUCCUGGUCGACGACGCCACUGUCAUGCGCCUCUGUAAUCGUUUGUUGAGGUGGUGCCCUUCGCCUGAUUGCAGCAACGCGAUUAAAGUGCAGUACGUCGAAGCCAGGCCGGUUACCUGCAGGUGUCAUCUAUUAAGAAAGUGGAUUAAAAAAUGUGACGACGACUCGGAGACCUCGAAUUGGAUCGCAGCCAACACUAAAGAGUGCCCCCAGUGCAAUGUCACAAUUGAAAAGGACGGAGGAUGUAAUCACAUGGUCUGCAAGAAUCAAUCAUGUAAACACGAUUUCUGUUGGGUGUGUCUGGGCUCAUGGGAACCACACGGUAGCAGCUGGUACACCUGCAAUAGGUAUAAUGAAGAGGAGGCCCGAGCAGCCCGAGAUGCCCAGGACAAGUCUAGAUCAUCGUUGCAACGAUACUUACAUUAUUACAACCGUUACAUGAAUCACAUGCAGUCUUUAAAGUUCGAUCACAAACUCUAUUCUUCUGUAAAAGCCAAGAUGGAAGAGAUGCAACAUCACAACAUGAGCUGGAUCGAGGUAGAGGUUCAAUUUCUUCAAAAGGCAGUCGACAUCCUCUGCCAGUGUCGUCAAACCCUAAUGUGCACCUACGUCUUUGCAUAUUACUUGCGUAGAAAUAACCAAUCAGUCAUCUUCGAGGCCAACCAGAGCGAUCUGGAGAGCUCCACCGAGACUCUCUCAGAAUAUCUGGAACGGGACAUCACAUCAGAAAACUUGGCCGACAUCAAACAAAAAGUUCAGGAUAAAUACAGGUAUUGCGAUAGUCGUAGAAAAGUACUUCUAGAACAUGUUCACGAAGGAUAUGAUCAAGACUGGUGGGAGUACUCUGAAUAA